AUGGGGCUCAGGCCCAGCGACUCUGGCGAUGCGAAGAAAGUUUUGGAGAGGAAGCUCGUUGUGAAGCUUGACAUCUUCAUCAUGGUGUUCUGCUGCGCAGCCUACUUCUUCAACUACCUGGAUCGCCAGGCUUUCGCUAAUGCCUAUGUUGCUGGUCUCCGCGAAGACAUCGGCCUCAAAGGCAAUGAAUAUAGCAUCUUGCUGUCGAUUUUCACCGCAGGUCUCGUUGUCGGCCAGAUACCCCAUGGUCUCAUCAUCCAGAAAGUUCGCCCUAGCAUAUGGCUUCCGUUCACUCUUAUCCUCUGGUCUCUUUUGACCAUGUGUUCAGCUGGGUGCAAGACGUAUUCACAGCUUUGUGCAGUCCGCUUCUUCCAGGGUUUGAUCGAGGCCAGUUUGUAUAGUGGUAGCGUGUAUGUGAUGGGUUCAUGGUACAAGCCUUCCGAGAUAGCCAAACGGGCUGCCAUCUUUACUGCGGUCGGGCAGGUCGGGAGUAUGUGCGCUGGUCUCAUGAUGACGGCAAUGCACCAGACGAUGGAAGGCAAAGGCGGCUUGAAGGGCUGGCAAUGGGUGUUCAUCAUUGAGUCGACCAGAGUCUCAUACAUCACUCAGGCGGAAAGACAGCUCGCAAUGACUCGUCUACCACCUAAGACAGCAGACACCCACAACAUCGAGUUCAAAAGCCUUGCGAAGCGUGUUCUCCUGACGCCUACUAUAUACAUCCUCACAACUUUCUCCGUCGUCUGCGCCAUGCUCGAAGCCUUCGCCUUCCAGGGCAUGUUCCUCCUCUGGCUCAAGCACAACAAGUCUCGCUUUUCCCAAACCGCUAUCAACACGUACCCUCUCGGAAUUCAAGCUGUUGCGAUCGUCUCCCAAAUUCUUGGCGGAGCCUUCAUCGACCACACAGGUCAUCGUCUGCCUAUGAUCAUCUUUAGUGGAGCGAUGCAGCUCAUCACUGCAUCGCUUCUGCUCGUGCGAAACCUUCCAGAUGCGGGAAUCUUCACAGCGCAUUACCUCAGUGGCACAAGUUUCAUCGUAAAUCCAAUCAUGUACGGCUGGGCCACAACCAUCUGCCAGCGAACGGGCGACGAUGCGGUGAGGGGUGUGACCGUGUAUACAAUGGCCAUGGGCGGCCUGAUUCUGUAUACAUGGUGGGGUAUCGUCAUGUACCCAGCGACUGAUGUACCAUACUGGAAGAAGGGAAGCAUCACCAUGAUCGUGGUGGUCUUUGCUUUCAUUGGAUGGGCGUUCGUGGUCAGAUGGGUGAGUAUCAUUGGUGAAUAA